AUGGGGAUUAAGGACAUUCCGCCUUCGACACAUACUCCACAGACGGAGAAGACGAAGGACAAAGGUUUGGCACUCCCAACAGUCCCGGAGGAACAAACUGGAAACAAUAAUCAAACCCCUGAAUCCGUCAAACAUCGAUUACCCUUCGCUGGAGUCUUCCCAUCCAGCUUGGGAGAGAUCGAACUUCGAUGGUUCGAUCGACUCCCCGCUGGAUCGAUUCGUAGCUGGAAGCAACUCUCCGAAGAGUUCCUAGCCAAGUUCGUCUCCAACACUAAGAUUCCGAAAGAGCAGGAUACACUGUUCGGCCUUCGAAAGGAGCAGGAGGAAACGCUACGCCAUUAUGCUAGGAGGUACUGGGAAGAGUACAAUGACCUAGAGGAAAAUGUGUGCAGUGAGCAGAUGGCCGUUAUGUCCUUCAAACAUGGUCUGCGCCCGAAAAGUAAGCUGAGACAAUCACUUACCAAGCGCCCGACCACAGCUUUGAAAGAUUUGCGUGCCAGGAUCGAGCAGUACGCUCGCCUCGAAGACGAUCAGAUCCCCAUUGAGGUAGCGUCAGCAGAACAGACAGCUUGGCACAAGAAAAGAACAGAUCGAGGAAAACACAGAGGGAUCGCAGUGAAUGAAGUAGAUAAGUCCAAAUCCCACGAAGCCGUCGUGACUCUCGGCGCAAUCAAAAGCUCAGAUGCACCUACCACCAAGACAGGGGGCACCUACCACCAAGACAGGGCACUGAAGCAACACUUGGAAGACCUAGUGGUAGCUGGACACCUAAGGGAUUACAUUGAUCAGGAUAAGGAAGUGACCGAACCGGGGAACCCACUACCAGAACCAAAUAUUGAGCAUCCACCUCGACUGAUACUAAAUGUGAUAGACGGGACAGCGACUAAGGAGCCUGAGGAGACACUGAGAGAAGAGAUUGCUAAGGCUAUGCAAAUCCAACAAGUCAUGUCAGUGGGGCCCGCAUCGAAAAAGGUACGCGCGGUAUCCAAAUCCCCCUUAUGCACUGUUUCAUUUACUAGAAAGGAUUUAGAGGGCAUACAGCACCCACAUACUGAUGCACUGAUUAUAACUGUGGGAAUUGGAAAACGAUUUGAUGUAAAACGAGUCUUGGUAGAUCAAGGUAGUGCAGCAGAUAUAUUGUAUUAUGAUUUGUUCAGAAAGCUUGGUCUCUCCGAGCAGCACCUCACCCCAGCGGUAGCCCCAUACCAUCAAGAAAAGACAGCAUUUAUCACUCCGAGAGGAACUUACUGCUACAGAGUGAUGCUGUUCGGCCUCAAGAACGCCGAGACGACCUAUCAACGGAUGGUCACUCGGAUGUUCAAGGACCAACUGGGAAAAACCAUGGAAGCUUAUAUAGAUGAUAUGGUAGUCAAGAGCAAGUUCACUACAGACCAUCUUACAGACUUGAGAAAGUUUUUGGCAUCUUAA